AUGAGUGAGGCUGCGAAACGAAUCGAACAGAUAGAAAUCAAACAGGCCGAAAUCCCGGAAGUUAAAGAUCAGCAGACCCGAGUCGCCACACAAGAAAAUGAAUUGGCUAAGGACGUUCAGCAGGCACAUGAGCGGGUCGCGCAAUUGCAAACACAAUCUCGUGCGGUAGAACGCCUCGAGAGCAUCACAGAAGUGAAGAAAAUAGGAAUGACGAUAGACGAAACGGGGGAAAAUCGAUCGAAUCGAAACCAGAAUUCAAACUUCAAUGGGAAUAACCAGCCAUCAUGGGAAAAUAAAAGAAGACGAGGAAAUUAUAACAACAACAACAACUACCGCCAAAACGGAAUUUGGAGAGAGCCACAGUACUCGAACCAGGGCCGACAGGAAUCUAGGGACCAACAUCUAAGCAAUAGCAGGACAUACAACGGUCGAGGUCAAUGGAAUGACCAACGUAGCGAAUAUGUGGAAUUGAGGCCACCUAACCCAUCGCAGGGGUCACACAGAAAAAAUUCAAACCGGCAUUCACACACAGCCGCUGUUGCCUCUUCUCAAAACAAUGCCGCAGAAACUAUCGGAACGAGUGAUAUUAAGCUGUUACAGUACGAAGAUACAAGAGAACUGCUACAGAAAGAGAAGGUGCAGUAUGAUGAGUCCUUGUUGAACGUGGUCAAAUGA